ACCAAGCCCGGAAGUAGUUGCUGGCCCGUGCAGGGCAACCCCCAGGCGUCCAUGGAAGCGGAGGGUGGGGAGCCCAGGCCGGGGGCCGCCUCCCCCCUCUGGUGCUGCCCGUAGGGAGCGGGGGGUGGCCCCGGCUGGGGAGGUGCUGGGGCCCCGUGGAAGGUGCAGUCAGUGUGUCCCCUUAUGAAUGGACAUGGCAGGACCUGCUAUACGCAUUGGGGAUCAGCUCAUCCUAGAAGAAGAUUAUGAUGAAACGUACAUACCCAGUGAGCAAGAAAUUCAGGAGUUUGCCAGGGAGAUAGGGAUUGACCCUGAGAAUGAGCCAGAGCUGAUGUGGCUGGCCAGAGAAGGCAUUGUGGCUCCUUUACCUCCAGAGUGGAAACCAUGUCAAGAUAUCACUGGCGACAUCUAUUACUUUAACUUUUCUAAUGGCCAGUCCACGUGGGACCACCCUUGUGAUGAACAUUACAGAGAACUUGUGAUCCAGGAGCGGGAGAAGCUUUCGGCUCAUGGCAGCAUUAAAAAGAAAGACAAGAAGAAGAAAAAAGACAAGAAGGAGAAGAAAGACAAGAAGGAGAGAGAGCCAAUGAAACAUGCUGUGGAAAUGCAGCCAGAGCCAGGGAUUCUUCCUUCAACAUCCUUUUAUCGAAUGUCCUCUCCCAUCCUGUCCUCUGAGUGUGCAAGUCCUGAUCUAGAUCAGGAUAGCCAGAUUAGGAAUGAGGGCUUUCUUAAGAAAGGUAAAGGAAAGACUUCUGGGAGACCACCAGAGACAAGUGACUCAAACAGACAGUUUGCAGGGACUUCCCCAAAUAAAUUGCAGCCACUUCUCACAGCAAAGUCCAGCAGAACUCACCAGAUCUUAGCUGAUGUGGAGAAAAUUUUAGGAAGGACGGCAUCUUUUAGCAAAUUGGAUGUAGACAACCAGCAGGGCCAAGACAAGACCCCAAAAAUUGGAGACAAGUCUUGUCUUGGUUUUUCUGACUCGGAGUUUGGAGGUUUGGAUGUUGUUAGGACAAAGCCCAUUUCCUACGUGUCAAAGAAAUCGUGUUCACAAGACUUUGAAAAUGGGAGAAGUGUCCUUGAUUCCCCCAAUGUCCUGGAGGACAAAGGUAUGCUCUUUGUUGAGGAAAAGCUGUCUGACAACUGGAAGGAGGAGGAAAUGACAGGAGAGUGUGUCUGUCAGCCUGAUGACCGCUUAUCAGUCAGAGAAAGAUCAACAGGGCCUGGUGGUGAUAAGGAAAGAGACCCAGGUUUAUCACAAGCCAAUGAAAAUGAAGCUUUCUUGACCCCCAGUGCCCCUGACCAUAUUUUUUACAGCAGGAAACGUGAAAUGAUUCUCUUUGAUGCCAGUCCCCCAGAAGACCUGAGUUUGAUCGCGGAAUUUGAUGCUCGCUAUCCCCAACGGGAGCUGAGGGCACACAGCAAAGCAGUCGAGAGCAGAAAGAAGAGAAAACUUCAGGAUCAGGCAUUGAGUCAAGCCACCAAACUUUGCAAGAGCAAUGAGGCUGUCAGCAAGUGUGAGAGAGAGCGCUCAAAGCAGGCAGAGUUUGUUGAAUCUGAAGGAGCAGGCCUACAAGUAGUCCAGAAAAAAGACCUAUUAGACUGCCACCUGGCAGUCCCUGAAGUGACUGCAGAAACAUUACCCUACACCAUAGGGGUAGAAGUUUGUGCUCAAGCAGGAGCUGAAAUUUCUGCGUCGGAGCCUGUUUCUCUUUGUGCUGGACAGCACGAAGAGAAGGAGAAGGCAAACGGUUUGGGGCCUGAACCGGAUAGCAGUGUUACAAGCAGUUCAGCUGAUCAUUUUGUAUCACAGAUUUUGGGAGAGGUUGAUAACUUCUCCUGGGAUCUCCAGAGCUCUCAUGAGUCUGACAGACAGACAGACCUGCUUGCUGCUGCUAAAGGUCCUCUACCCACUCAUCCUUUCUCAGGAAUUCUCCAAACUCAGCCACAAAGCUCAGCCAAUGAAAAGUUGCAGAGUGACUGUAACUCUGAGAAUGAGCAGUUCUAUCAGCAUGUGCAGGAAAACGAUCAAGUGCCUAGUCAGGAACAUAGUUGUGUCAGUUUUAACAUGAAACUGAAUAGGUCACGUGAUGCCCCUGAGACGAACAAUGAGGGCAGACAAGAAGAAACAGUAGAAGAACAGCAAAGGACAGAGCCAGUUCCUAGAGGGCUAGAGGCAGAUUUGUUCACAGAGGGUUUACAGGUUACUCCUGGUUGGCUUUAUCAGACCACCGAGUGCCAGGAAAGCAGCAGGCUCUGUCGGCAGGUGGAAGGAGAGUUGACCCAGAGCGGGAAAGCGACUGAGGAUUGCAGCAAACUGGAGCUUUGUGAAGGAGCAGGCAAUAAUGAGUCUCCAGGUUCCCUGCUAGCACCUGUCCAAGCUCCCCUGGGGAGUCUUGCUCCUUUACGUGGUGUCGUGGAUGGUCCAGCCAGUGCCCUCCGUGGCUCACUAAGCACCGGUGUGGAGAACUCCGGGGUACCCAGUCUGCUGCUCAGAGAAGGAACUCUGCCUCCACAGACCCUUAAAUCCACCGGCUGCCCUAAGAGCUUGCUGGGAUCCAUGCAUGAAGAAAAAGCCUCCUUAAAUCUCCUAGCUCUAGAUGAAGGGGAAAAUGAAGAGGAAGAGAGUGAGAAUCAGAGUCCCCGUGGGACAGCGAGACUGCUCAAAAAUCUGCACAUGGAUGUUAGCGCCCUAGGAGGCGGCUUCGAGUAUGAGAAGGAGUCCUUGAAAGUGAGUUACCCUGAAGAAAGUCAAGAGUUUCCCUGGGAUUCUGAUGGUGUGCGCCCUCCAACUCUGGAUGAACUGCUUAACAGAGAUGCUGACAGCAGCCUGUGUGGCCUGAACAAAGAGGAGUCCAAUGGGAAACCCAUGGGGAAUGAACUGUUAGAAAAGGAAGAUACUGAUGUAGAAGAUGUGAUUUCUGUAGCUUACAAACAAUCAGGAACUCCAAGGGAAAGGACAGCGGUGGGGACAGAUGUGGUCAGCAGUCAAGGGCAUCCCGUAGCUGCGUCUCCAGAUGUUAGAGCUGCUGAGACAGAUCAGAUGGAAAGUGUGGCUGUCACCAUUGACACCAUGUCUGUCAAUGAAAAGACUGUAAAUGGAAUGAGGGAAGAAGCAACUGAUCUGAAAACCGACAGCAAGCUGGACGCUGGGAAAGAGUCCGAGGCCAGUGAGCACAUGAAAGAAUUGCAGGUUUCUGACCGUUCGGAUCAUGAGCUGCUUCGUCUGACGGACUUUGGUUUCCAGAGUCAGAUCUCUGAGCAGGUCCUGGAUAUGUGUAUUCUUUCUGCUGCUCUGGACAGCCCCAAGGUUGAGAUCUGCGUCCCAGCAGAACAGGAGACCAGACGAAUAAUACCACUUCACUCUCCUCCAGGAUCCCCACUGGACGGUACUGAGGCCCAGGAGCUGGGAGAAGAGGAAAAGGACCCAAGCAAAGCCAGUUUAGAAGAAGAGCAAAGCAAAAGAACCAAGGCUGCUGAGAGUGAGAGGGACCAGCGCCCCUUCAGUGCUUGCGAAAUGGCCGAAGAGAAGUGUUUGAGUUUAAAGAACGCCAGCCAGCAAGAGACUGCUGCCCUGGAGCAAAAGGAGGGAUCGCUGGAUAGUCUGACCAAUCCGGAAGAGCCUGCAGCCCCUCACCAGGCACAACUUGGGGAGGAAAUCAAGCAAGUGGUGUCCUUGAAUUGGCUUUCUGCAGAAUCCCUGGAGGAAAUAGCCAAGGAGCAGGAGCAAGAAAAAAUGCGUUUACUGCAAGCAAAGGAGGAGAAGGUUCAGCGAUUUCAGGAGGAGCUGAGACAAGAGGAGGAGGAAGAAGCUCAAGUGCUUCAUCAGCAGAAAGAAAAGUCCCUCCGGUCUCUUAAAGAGGAGCUGGCGAAGGCUUCUGAGGAGGAAGAGCUGCGAAUGAGAGAGGAAGAGGUCGAGAAACUCUCAAAGCUACGAGCCCAGAUCAGCUCAGAGACUGAGACAGAAAAGGAGAAAAUAAGGGCUGAGCAAGAGGCUGCAUUGCAAAAGCUGAGAGAGGAAUGGGAGUCCCUUCAGAAGGUGGAGAGGGAGAGCUUGGAGGAGAGGAAGAAGCGUGUUUUGGAGAUGCUGAAGGUGGAAGUGGAGGAAGCGCAGCAGAGAGAAGCGACAGAGCUGGAACAGGAGAAGGAGCGAGUCCUGAAUGAGUUAAAGGAGAGAUUAGAAAGAGAAAGAAAAGAGGCUGCAGAAGUGCUAGAGAAGCAGUUUGCAGCUGAGCUCCAGGAGUUGAAAUCUACAGCAGAAGAGAAACACCAAAAGGUUGUUUCCAGCCUCCGGAAGCAAAUAGCAGAGGCCCAGAGGAGUGAGGAGGCCCAGCUGCACGAGGAAUUGGAGAGAGCAGAGCAAAAAGUGCAGCAAAAAAUGUAUCGAGUAGCAGAGUUUGAGCGAGAGCUCAGUGAGCUCAUGAAAGAGAAACGCCAGGAAGUGGAGAAAGACCAUGACCGGAAAAUGGAGAGGAUGAAAGAGGAGCAUCAGGAAAUCCUGGCUAGGAUUCAGGAUCAGUACGAGGAGGAGGAGAGAAAGCAAAGAGCCAAGAAGCUCGAGGUGCUGAAAGGGGAGCUGGAGCGCCUGAGACAGCUCCAUGAUGGGGAGCUGCGGGCUUUGCAGAAGCAGCUGGAUGAGCAGCUCAGUGACUUGCGGCAGAGCCACAAGGCGAAGGAACAAAAAGUCCAGGAGUUGGAAAUGGAACUCGAAAUGCGAGCAAAAGAUGCCAAGGCCAGAUGUGCUCAGCUGAAUCACCAGGAAGAGGCCAUGAGAAAGAAAAGGCAGCAGCUUCUGGAUGAAGAGAGAAAAACUGAGCUGCAGAGAAAUGAAGCUGCUUCAGCUGCUCAGCUCCGCCUAGAGGCGUCUAGGAAAGAGCAUGCUGACCUUGUGGAAUCCAUCCACCAGUUGCGCAGGACUCUGGAGGAGCUUCAAGACCAGAAAGCUGAGCUGGAGUCCCAGGUGGAUCUGUUGCAGACCCGAAGCCAAAGGCUGCAGAAACGGAUCAGUGAACUGGAGGCCGCAGUCAAGAGCCAACAGGAGACCCUGAAGGAGCUGGUAGCCGAAGACAGCGUGGCGUCUCCCAGGAGGGAAGCUGAGCUCCACAUUGAAGACCUGAGAGAGACACUUCGAGCUCACUCCUCCAGAGAGCCUGCUUCCUUAACCUCGCACAGCAAUGAGGACGGUGACUUCCAGCUUGAUAAUGUCAGACGCUACAUUUCUGCAGAAGGAGUCUCCAUAAGGAACGCCAAGGAGUUCCUGGUGCGUCAGACUCGCUCCAUGAGGAAAAGGCACGCUGCACUGAAAGCUGCAACGCAACAGUGGCGUCACAGCAUGCAGCAGGCACGGGACGCGGUGCAGGGUCCGGGUAGCUCUCAGCUCUUGGAGGACGUGUGCCGGAACUUGGAGGAGGAAUCAGAGCAGCUGGACAAGAUGAAGUCGGCCAUGCGGAAAGGACAGGUGCUGCUGAAGAAGAAGGAAGAGAAGCUGAGCCAACUGGAGUCUUCGCUGCUGGAAGAGCUUUCUGAUGAAGAUACGCUGAAGGGUGCUGCAUGUAAAAAGGUGGUAACCUUUGACCUUAGUGAUUCAGAAGACACAAACAGCCUGAGCAGCACAGAUGUAUCUCAGCACAAAUUUGAUUUGAAACCAGAUGUCCAGUUCCCCCAGCUCGACAAGAUCCAGCACUUGACCAACACUCUGCAGCACAUCACCGCUGAGCUGAAUGGGGUCCUUGGCACCUUGGGCUCUCUGAACCAUCAGCAGCCUCCCCUCUUCACUUCUGUGCUGGUGCCGAUGCCUGCUCUGCCCAGUGAUGGAGUUCCUCUUUCCGCGUACACCUCCUUGGCAAGAGUCCAGUCUGCUGGCCCCAUCGUGCCUCCUGCUGGGAUUCCUUUGGUUAACCAGCAGGCAUGGAGUACCGGUUUGAACUCCAGCCUCUCUUCUACGGCUGGUCAGUCAGUAGACAACAUGCUGGCAGAGAAAUGGCGCAAGUAUUUCCCAGGUGGGUUCCCAUCGCUCAGUGGAAGUCCUGCCCCUCUGGACAGCAAUUUAGGUUAUUUACCUGCAGGUGAGCAAAUCCGCCUGUUCCAGCAUUCCCAGCUCCGAGGCCCUGAGACAGACAGGACUAGUGUCCAAGGAAUGAUUGAUGCCAACAAGAAAUGGCUGGAAAAUUUCAAGAAGGAUUCAAAAGUUCCUCUCUUUCCAAGCACACAGAAGCCUUCUGCCAGCAGCCCUGGCCUGGUGCAGCUUGGACUGGAUGAAAACAACCAAAUUAAAGUGUAUCACUACUAAAAGGUGACGGAGCCCCAGCAGAGAGGGGCAUAGCCUUCCCGCCCUAUGCCCCAGGAGACAGCCUGGCAAGAGAGCAACACAGCUGCACUCUGUUCCCUCUUACAAUACAUUGCGUUGCGGUGGUACCCAGCAGUCCCUCGUCUGUCUCUUUGCUCUGCCCUUGAAAUAAAGUAUCUUUCCAGGAGGCGGGAGGAAGUGGACUUCCCAAGUGAAUUCUUCUAAUCCUGUAAUGUGUCCAAAUAUACUUUAUAGACCGCUUAAUCCAGUGGUGAAAUGUCAGGGCUUCAAUAAAUCAACAGUUCCCUCAUUAGUAUUCCAGCCAUCACCUGAUGGAAAUGUGGCUCACUGAGGACUUGGAAUAACUUGUUGCGGGGGAGGAGGUGAAUUCCAACAGAAAACUGUUGCUAGAGGAAGAGAAUGCACUGUGGAUUCACAACAAACAGUGGUUGCAGGUGACCUCAGACCCGGACUCUGUGGCACAAACUUGAGCUUGGGAGAAUGAAAAGCAAUUGUCUAUAUUUUUUUACAUGGAAGAGCACAAUCGAAAGCAAUAUAGUCAGAGCUUCUGGGCACCACGUCCUGACUCUAACAGGAAAAGAAAACCAAGUCUGUUCAGUCAGGAUUCUUUUUCAUAUCCAGUGUUGAGUUUGUUUCUAGUUGACAAUGUUUUGUAUUCAGCGCGUCUGAGUUAGGAGACUGGGGCUGAUCCUUCAGGGGACAGUGGAGGCUAAGCCUCUGGGAAGGGUUUUAACAAACCCACUUUCUUUUUGACAGGGCAGAAGCCAUAGGAGCAGGCAGUGCCAGGUGGGGAUGGCUUGCAGGGCUGACGCGAUGGAGGAGACCUCCCUACUCCCCCCGAGCUGCGUGGUUCGAGUCCGGGUGACUGGAGAAGCCUGUGGUGGGAGUCUGUCUGGAUUCUCUCCAGUCUGGAUUUGCUGAGAGCCAGGCUGGAGGACGUGGCGGGCAGAGACUGUCGUGAGAGAGUCCAUUGUCAAUGGAGCUCUACCAAUGGGUGUGGCCUGAAUAACCACCAGUAACAGACAGAGCCCCGAGUGCUCUCGCUCCCUGGGGAGCCCAGCUCCAGACUUGGGCUGGUUUGGGGUCGUUUCCAAUAAGGGCUGAGCGUGACGAUACUCGAGACAGACUAGGAGCGGCUUGCUGCUCUGCAGGACUUGUGUGGGAGAGCUGGUUUGGUCAGUGACACGGCUCUGACUGGGCCGGAGAGGAAGCUGACAUGUUGGAUAAGGUCGUUUCUGCUUUGCACGGUCGCUUUUCUGACUGCAGCCGUCGUGAAGCCGCACACCUAGCUUUCAAGUCCCUCCGUUCGCUGGACCCCUCCAGCUGGUUUCAGUGUGUGGAGCAAGCCAGCAGCACGCCGGAGAGGCCGCUUUUCUGGGGCGGGAAAGGCACUUCUGUGUCCGAGCACUCGCUCCUGCUGUAGUGCCUGAGCCUGAGGAGGCAGCCCAGAGACAGCGCAGCUCGAAGCAACACGGAGCAGAUGAGCCAUGGGAUUGGACGGCAGGGAGGGGCUGUUGGGCACCUGCCCAGGAUUCAAACGGCCAAGUAUCUGUCAGCUUCCCAACUGGGGGCCGGUGAAGUCCAUUGUAAGACGCUUUCCUCGGCUUUGGAUCAGUCCCUUGGCAUGGCUGCAGCUUGAUUUCGUUGCCUUGUGGACAUUAAAACCCAUUUGGCAUUUGCCUGAAGACGGCCUUUAAAAAAUAUCCUCCUCUCCUGUCCUCAGUUCUGGGUCAGGGCAGUGAGGAGGAAAUGCAGAGAUGGGUGUAGAGGCAGGCUGCAUUUCUAGCUGCUGCGUGGUGCUGUGUCAUUAGCCAUCAUUCCUCUAAGCUGGCUUGGGAUAUUUAUGCUUUUUAAACAACAAUUUUCUUCUGGCCGUUAUUGUUUGUUUGACUAAAAAUCUGCAUUAAAGGGAUGAGAAAUCAUCCUUCAAAGAGUUCCUACCAGAGAUGACUAAAACAGAAAGGACUGGAAGUUGUAGCUUUCCACCCUUUCAUACUGUUUGUGUUUCUCAGUCUGGAUAGUGAGGAUUGUCUGGUUCAUUUUGCUUUCUGAUUUUCGUGCGCCAGCACCUGGUUGCAAUAGUUUGGGUUGCAAAUGCUUCAGGGGACUGUUUACAUGCAAACAGAAAAUGUUUUACUUAAAUUUUUAAGCAAGAGAAAAUGUCCAUUUUUAUACUUUAUAACUUUUAAAAUAAUACCUGAUCUUUAAAAUGUAAGCUACCUGACUUUGUUCUCCUUAAACAAGGGCUUGGACUGGUUCUGCAGACAGAUCCCGGGGAGUGGAUUUGUGCUCACAGGGUCUGGCACUAACAUCUCUUACCUCCUUUCCUUGCUGAUAAGCUGAGGGCAGGUGACUCCCAGAGGCACUGCUGAUAUAACACAGCAUGCUGAUGUCCUUACCUAGGGCACACUUAGCAGUACUGACUGACUGAGUGGCCUUGAGUGACCACUGGGAACCGGCAGGAAAGAAUGGAUCAUUAGGUAGGUUUCCUGCCCGCUGUACCAGAUUACACAAAUCCUUGUCUGCUGGAAUUUGCUUUUAGUCUCUCUCUCUCUCUCUGCCACAUGGCAGCCCUCAACUUUUUUUGAACAGCCCCACUUGUCCUGGCUUUCCCCAGCACUGAACCCCUCUGCAGUCAUUGGGACAUUACACCCAAAGCACACACAGAGCAGAAGACGUGCCCCCUUUGGAAUCAUACCUGUACAUUCUAGAGAGCAUAUAUUCUUUGUGUGGGUAAAAGACUAUUUUAGUAACCAAAUGACUGUUUCUGUCGCAGGUCUCUUCUCCCCCUUGUGAAGCUUUCAGCUGUAUCCUGUUUUGUAUGCAAAUUAAAUUGGCACGGAUCUAUUUUGUACAAUG